AUGGAUCUGGAAUCAAACGGUGCCGAUAGUGACGAUAAUUUCCUAAUCGAUGACGGACACUCCACGGAUGAUAAUAGUAUUAGUAACAAAAAUCUUUCUGAGCAACAGAAAAAAGCCUUUACUUUGCAAGCGGAUCCGUCUUACAACUUCUCUGAUUAUGUAGACAUCUAUGAACGUAUCUACACAUUUUUUUCUCGGGGAGACAAUCGACCAUGGCAAACGUUAUUCAUUCAAACGAUUCAACAAACAUCUACACCCUAUAGACUGCUCUAUAUGUUCCUGGACUACACGUUAAACACUACAAACGGUCGAAAACACAAAAUGGUUGUACCGCUUAUUGAGACAUUUAAACAGAUCAAAGUUGAUGAGAAAGACAUUCAAUUAGAUGAUGCAAUUAAAGAAAACAUUCUUUCGAAAGUGUGCCGCCGCUGUGCAUUGAAUCAAUUGGAAUCCAUUAUUGAAAUAUUUCAUCUACGUUCAAUUGAAAAUCGACAAUUUAUCAUCAAUUUUAUCAGUACACGACUCGAGCAACAACAAGACAUAAUAUUUGUUUCUCAGUUAACAAAAUUCUUACAAUUGUUGGAACUCAAUGCAAUCUCAUUCGAAAAAGUUAUCCUACCGCUUAUACUAAAAACUCAAUGGGAAACAAUCAAAUUCGUCAUAGGAGAUGAUAGAAAUCUUCAACAAAAGUUGCUUAAAACAAUCGAUGAUUUAAUUUCAACUGACCAAACUAUCAUCCGUUCUCUAUUAGCUCAAGCUUCGAUUCAGAUGAAUAUCAAUUCGAUCGAUAAUCAUAGUUUAAAACGUGUGGCGAGAAAAUUGCUCAAACAAUAUAAGUUUGAUCUACGAGAUCUUCCCAAUUUAGCCAUUCAAGAAAAAGUCACUUUCUUGAAAACAUGUUUUGUGAAGAAGUACAUUGAGAAUAAAGGCGUUACUAUCGAUGAUGAAGAUGAAAAGGCAUGGAAAGAACAAAUUAAAGACUUAGUGCAAGAUAAUCGUGAUCUGAAAGUGAAAUUAAUCGAUCUAUUUGUUGAUUAUAUUGACGUUGAUUCAGCCGUUGAAUGGACUCAGUACUAUAAUCUUGAAGAUUUUGAAAUACCCGAACAAGUAAAGAUUCGUCGUGAAGAAAUUCGUCAUGGUGAUGUAAAAUCUCGCUAUGUUCCCGUUACACCAGCAACUUGGCCAGCGAAUCAAUCGGAAAACGAUGUGUACAAACCAUCUGUUCUUCCAUCUGAUAUUGUCUACAUUGAACUUGAGUCCAAUGUUGAUUCGUUUCUUAAUCGAUUGGAAUGUUCGCGUUGUGACGUUGGAUCUCAUCUACCAUUUGUCGGUUUCGAUUGUGAAACGUUCAUUGACCCAACUCAACGCACACUUAGUUCGCAAAUUGUCUCGAUUAUCCAAUUUGCGAGUUUGGUUCCUUCACGUAAUCAAUCCUUCUAUGGUGUCUUCGACAUGUUAGCAUUACGAUUACAAUUCGAUAUGAAAUCAGUAGCUGAAUUUGCUCAGCGUGUUUUCUGCUCACAAGAUUUUAUUCUUUUAAGUUAUAACUAUGCAGGUGAUACAUCAUCGUUACUUGAAAAUUACCCAUCGAUGAACAGUGCACUGAUGCAAGGUAGUGCAGUGAUUGAUUUAUCUCGUGUACAACAAUAUAUCUUGGAACACUAUCCCGAUGUCUUUCCGUACAUUCAUGUUGUAGCCAGUAGUAAAUCUCGUGGUUUAAGUGAAUUAGUUCGUUUAUGUUUUGGUAAACCGCUCGACAAAACACAACGAACAAGCGAUUGGCGAAAACGACCACUGAAACCAGUUCAACUUAUCUACAGUGUUUUGGAUGCACGAGUUCUUGUUGAUAUUGCUGUGUUUAUUGAAGAACGCACACGAAGUUUACAGAUACCAUGGUCGUGGUCAGACUUCAAAGGGUACACAUGGACAGAUAAAGCUUUCAAGAAACGAACCGGUGCACAUCAACAAUCAGUAAAUACAUCCUAG